ACACUUGUUUCUUUCUGACAGCUGGUGACCCAGUAGCAAGAGAUUUGUGUUAUUUACAAUUGUGUAUGUGAUGUGUGACUUUUCCCACAAGACCCCAUAAGACAGUACAGGGGAGUGACUUCUUGCUAAAAGGCAGAGAAACAGAUACGUGUUUUCAUCAUGGCAUUCAGGACCUAUGGAGACAAGCCUGUUAGUUUCCAGUUGGAGGAAAAUGGGGAGUUCUACUGCAUUGGCUCAGAGGUGGGUCACUACUUACGACUCUUCCGUGGAGCAUUGUACAAAAAGUAUCCCGGUAUGUGGCGGCGGAAUCUCAUUCCGGAUGAAAGAAAAAAACUAGCUGAACUCGUUCCUGUCUACCCAGGUUUGAGUCAGCAUCUCCUUGCAUCCAAUAUCUCUCUCUUACGAGCAAGUGAGGUAGAGGACAUCAUCGAAGGGAACGAUGACAAGUACAAAGCCGUCUCUGUUCAUGCCGAGCUGCCGUCGGUACCCAGGGACAUGAAGGUGCGAAAGUCGAACUGGAUGCCUCCGCUGCCGUCUUCGUCACAGCAUCUCGAUGCUGUUCCUCAGGCCACAUCAGUCAACCGGAACCGGGUGGCAAACAAGAAAGUUCGCACCUUCCCACUUUGCUUUGAUGACCUCGACCCGGCAUCGGCUCAUGAAAACGCCAAUGCUUCUGAGGUCCUGGUCCCCAUUCGCCUCGACAUGGAGAUCGACGGUCAGAAGCUCCGAGACACAUUCACCUGGAAUCGGAAUGAGAGCGUCAUCACCCCCGAGCAGUUCGCCGAGGUCCUCUGCGACGACCUCGACCUGAACCCAUUGACCUUCGUCCCUGCCAUCGCCCAGAGCAUUCGGCAGCAGGUGGACACAUUCCCUACAGAUAAUAUCCUGGAAGAGCAGACUGAUCAACGAGUCAUCAUCAAGUUGAAUGUUCAUGUUGGGAACAUAUCACUGGUGGAUCAAUUUGAGUGGGACAUGUCUGAGAAGAACAACAGCCCAGAGGAGUUUGCCAACAGUCUGUGUGCCGAGCUGGGUCUCGGAGGGGAGUUCACGACCGCCAUCGCAUACAGCAUCCGGGGACAGCUGUCGUGGCACCAACGCACCUAUGCCUUUAGCGACAACCAACUGGGAAUGGUCGAAUCGCCAUUCCGCCCGCAGGGAGAUGCAGAGGCAUGGAGUCCAUUCCUGGAGACCCUCACGGACGCAGAAAUGGAGAAGAAGAUCCGUGACCAAGACCGAAACACCAGGCGUAACCAGCUGCAAAAGCCAGCUGCCCUACAGCUGCUCUCGCACCAUAAUGGCUGCUCGACUCGGUGUGUGGUGCGACAGAGACGGUGCGUGACGUGCGGAAGAGGCUUGUCAGUAAACAAACGGAUGGUGUUCCUCGCAGAUGCAGGCUUAGCGGUCCGAUCCGGCGAAACAAAACCAGACCGUCGAAACACCGGCGUGUCCGCUCGACAGCUCGGCGUCCAAAGCGGUCCCUUGCACCUGCGUCACCUCCGCCAUCGCGGGAGAACACGGAAGUUCUUACCUCAUUCACGAGGUGACAGCAGGCGUAACCAGCUGCAAAAGCCAGCUGCCCUACAGCUGCUCUCGCACCAUAAUGGCUGCUCGACUCGGUGUGUGGUGCGACAGAGACGGUGCGUGACGUGCGGAAGAGGCUUGUCAGUAAACAAACGGAUGGUGUUCCUCGCAGAUGCAGGCUUAGCGGAGUUGGCCCUCCUCUACCCCUCGGUGUGCCACGUGAAGAUACCCCACCUGUACGUGGAGAACUCCGACGACCACCUGAAGUACAUGACGCCCCUCCACCUUCUCCCCUCUGCGGACCUGGAGAAGUUCAUCAACCUGGCUGAAGAUCUGGAGGUGAAGGGGCUGAAGGGGGAUAAAGCGAGGAGCUGCACGGGGAGUGGGCCCUCGAUACCUGUGGCCGACAUCGGGGAUGCUCUGGCACACAAGCGAAAGCUGUCUAUGCAGGCUGUGCAGACCUUCACUGAGAGCACUCCCAAGCCUAAGAUGCCUCGAGCAGCUGUCCAUCUCUCACCCCAUGUCACCCUCAUACCUCACUCUCCUGCCAAUGUUAGCAUCAAGCGGUUGCCAGAUAUCUCAGCGGAUGAAGGACUGGAGGCGGAGUUGAAUGGAAGUGAACAAGAUCCACCCAUUAAGGAAGAAAUAGAGGAACAAGAGUCUCUUCCAGCUCAGAUGGCAAACAAUAGGUCAUACAAUUUAAGGUGGAAUUCCCACCAUGGAGAAACUUUUCGUAACUUUGAAAGACUCAGGAACCGGGAGAUGUUUGUGGACGCCACCUUGUCCUGCAACGGCCAGCAGAUCAAGUGCCACAGGGUGGUGCUCUCAGCUGGCAGUGACUACUUCGAGAAGAUCCUCAACCGGGAGGAGAUGGGGAGCCACACGGUGCACUUCUAUGGGGUGGACAUGCACCUCUUGAGGCUGCUGGUGGACUUCAUGUACUGCGGGGAGGUGGAAGUCCCCUCUGCGGACCUGGAGAAGUUCAUCAACCUGGCUGAAGAUCUGGAGGUGAAGGGGCUGAAGGGGGAUAAAGCGAGGAGCUGCACGGGGAGUGGGCCCUCGAUACCUGUGGCCGACAUCGGGGAUGCUCUGGCACACAAGCGAAAGCUGUCUAUGCAGGCUGUGCAAACCUUCACUGAGAGCACUCCCAAGCCUAAGAUGCCUCGAGCAGCUGUCCAUCUCUCACCCCAUGUCACCCUCAUACCUCACUCUCCUGCCAAUGUUAGCAUCAAGCGGUUGCCAGAUAUCUCAGCGGAUGAAGGACUGGAGGCGGAGUUGAAUGGAAGUGAACAAGAUCCACCCAUUAAGGAAGAAAUAGAGGAACAAGAGUCUCUUCCAGCUCAGGGCCCAUCAUCAUCAUCGUGGAUGGAGAAUUUGGAGGACACAUCUAGUUAUGAUGCGGGAGGUACGAGAGAUUAUGCUGGCAUGGAAUUGCCAGUCAAUAUUCCUCCUGAAGUCAAUCCUCAGACUGUGGAGGAAACAGAGGCUUUGCUGUGGAGUGGCUUUUCUUGGGACAACAAGAAAUGGCAUUUCUGCGCGCUGUGCUCGUAUAAAAGCGUCUACAAGAACAAUGUUCGUUCCCACCGAAGAACGCACACGGGUGAAAAGCCGUAUUCUUGCGAUCUCUGUGGGAAGCGAUUCUCCUCUUCACAGGCUGCUCAUCACCACAGCCUGCUCCACAUGGAGUCGAACAGUGUUCCGUCUCAGUCGCAGUCAGAACUGCCUGGCGCUCAGCAGCGAGAGUUGCCUCCCGACACCGUGGCAAUUCCCGUCUCUGGACCCGGCUCCCCAUAAUCGAUGGCUUUAAGAAUGCGUGUUUAAGUUAAAUCACAUCUUAUGCGUGCAUUAGGUUUCAUCACAUUGAAAAAUAUUGCAUUUAUGUGCAUCAUGGUUGCCAUCAUGCUUGUUGUACAACACUC